CAAUACCCAUUAUGGGAGCAAAUAACUUAUUUGUACAACCUAAACGCUUGCUUAAUUAAAUGGAAAGCAAGGCAGUGAUUUCUGACAGGGCUGAACUUAAGUCAAGUUGUAAAACUCCACAGUGCAGCCAGAAGCAGCGACGGACAGUUGAACUGAAACCUGGGAACACUUCAGGGGCCCUGGACCACUGCUUCUCAGCCAUUUUAUUGUGAGGAGAUGGAACUCAUUAAGGUUAAGUAACAUUUUGCCAGCUAGUUGAUAAUAGACCCAGGAUCCCAGAGGCACUUGGAUUCACUGGUUUCUUGCUUCAGAAAUUAGCAAGAAGACCUCGGUCCGGGUGAGACAGGAGAAAUGGAAAAUUCCCUGUGUGUCUCUAUUUUCUUGGUUUUGUGCAUCUUUAUCCAAUCAAGUGCCCAUGGACAAAGCCUGGGACUAGAGUCAUUUGGAAGGAGAUCUCGAGCUGCUGAAACAAAGGAAACAUCACAGGAGACAAGAACCAGAUUUCUGCUCUUUAAAGAAGAAACCAAUAAGGGCUGUCAGAUUCGGCUCAAUCACUCAGACACGUUACAGCAGUGCGGCUUCAACUCCUCUCUGCCUCUGGUGAUGAUAGUCCACGGGUGGCUGAUGGAAGCCUCGCUGGAAAACUGGAUCUGGCAGAUGGUGGCCGCGCUGAAGUCUCAGGUGGCCCGACCAGUCAACGUGGGGCUGGCAGAAUGGGUCACCCUGGCCCACACCCACUACUCCAUCGCUGUCCGCAACACCCGCCUCGUCGGCCAGGAGAUCGCGGCCCUUCUCCAGUGGCUGGAGGAAUCUGUUCACUUUUCUCCAAGCAAUGUUCAUCUAAUUGGGUACAGCCUGGGUGCACAUGUCUCAGGAUUCGCUGGCAGUUACAUGAGCAGAAAGCACAAGAUUGGGAGAAUUACAGGGCUGGAUGCUGCGGGCCUUUUGUUUAAAAGAGCUUCCCCCAGUGACCGGCUUUCACCAGAUGAUGCCAAUUUCGUGGACGCCAUUCACACCUUUACCCAGGAACACAUGGGCCUGAGUGUGGGCAUCAAACAGCCCAUAGCCCACUAUGACUUCUACCCCAAUGGGGGCUCCUACCAGCCUGGAUGCCACUUCCUAGAGCUCUACAAACAUAUUGCCAAGCACGGCUUAAACGCCAUCACCCAGACCAUCAAAUGUGCCCACGAGCGGUCGGUGCACCUCUUCAUCGACUCCUUGCUGCAUGCUGACAUGCAGAGCACGGCCUACCCGUGCAGGGACAUGGACAGCUUCAGCCAGGGCCUGUGCCUGAGCUGCAAAAAGGGCCGCUGCAACACGCUGGGCUACUAUGCCCGCCAGGAGCCGCAAAGCAAGAAGAGCAAGAGCCUCUUCCUGGUGACUCGAGCCCAAUCCCCGUUCAAAGUUUAUCAUUACCAGUUGAAGAUUCAGUUCAGCAACGAAAUUGAGAAACCAGCAGAACCAACUUUUGCCAUGUCACUCCUCGGAACAAAAGAGGAAAUGCAGAAAAUCCCCAUCACUCUGAACAAAGGAAUUACUAGUAAUAAAACCUAUUCCUUUCUUAUCACAUUGGAUUUGGAUAUUGGUGAGCUGAUCAUGAUCAAGUUCAAGUGGGAAAACAGUAUGGUGUGGUCCAAUGUCUGGAACACGGUCCAAACCAUCAUCCCCUGGGGAAGAGAGUCCCUUCACUCGGGCCUUGUUCUGAAGAGCAUCAGAGUCAAAGCGGGAGAAACACAGCAAAGAAUGACCUUUUGCUCAGAAAACAUGAAUGAUCUACAACUUCACCCAACCCAGGAGAAAACCUUUGUGAGAUGUGAAUCAAACUCUAAAAAAUUGAAGCGAAAGAUCAGAUGAGCUUUAAUGAAGACCCAGUGUGAAGAAUAAAUGAUUUUAUUCCUUAUCUGGAAUUGCUGCCUUGUUUGAAAACCAAAGUUAUAUAAAGAAACGUGUACAAAGCUUUAAUAGAUUUAAGAUUUAAAGGGGAGCACAUUUCACUGUUAUAAACUCAGCUUUUUAAAACUAUGUGAUGUAACUAUGUUCAAAUAUUAGUGUAACCAAAAAUUUCCCAAUUUUAUGUCUGACUGAAUGGUAAUAUAUGCAAAUAAGUACAAAUGUAAGAGCCAUUUUAGAUCCGUUGUUCUAAUUUAAAAUGUCUUUCACAAUUAAGUCAAAUUUCCCAUAUUUCCUUGCUAGUUUGUUCUGUUCAGUUUUUUGAAGCAUGCUGGAAAGAUACUUCUUUAUUAUAUAACUAGCAUUUCCAUAAAGUGAAAUUCCGAUUAAUCACAGUUGUGUGUCCCAAAGUACACACCUUUUAAGACCAUUCAGCUCACCAAAAGAAGAAAAAUUCUAAACUAAAAGUUACCAUCAUAUGAAUCAUACAGUUAUUUCACUGAACCAAACCAAUUAUAGUAGAAUUCUCCUAAAACUACUGAUGAUAACCAUGAAAGCUGAAGAGUUGGUCGUUUUAAUGAUUAAAUUACUACUGAAAUACAAUGUUCCUCUUUUACUAAUGCUUGCCACAAAAGCUAAUGGAAAACUUGGAAUAUCUCAAAGACUUAGAUACCAAAUCUCAAACGGACCAAUAAACAAAUUAAUGAUGUUUUGACCAGCAAACUCCAUCACAGAGCAUGUGAAGGAAAUAUUAGAUACAUCCCCCUUGGAUCUGUGUGUCAAGUAAUAUCAGAGAGGAGGAGCACACUAUACACGUUCAACAACCUCACCUGACACUGGCAUAGCCUCAGCUCUAUACAGCUCAUAAUUCAUAUGCUCUUCACCAGAGCAGGGCCCCUGGAAACAAAAGUCCUGAAGACAUACCUGCCUCUGAUGAAAUCAAUUUAAGAGGAUCUUGCGUGAUUCACUUUUAUUUCCCUUGGAAAGACCCGCGAAACUAAAGGAUAUGGGGGAAGAAGGACAGCUGGGUCAAGGUUGUACUGUGUCCUGCAUACUAAUCUUGACUACAAAAGCACCUGACCGCCCUUUUAGGUAUUGUGUGUGUGUGUGUCUAGAAAUUACAGAUAUUAAAGUGAACACUG